CACACUGUAUUGGUACCAGCGUUUCCUCCAACCCAACACAGUGUGGAAACUCCAGUUUAGUUUGCAAUUGCAGGUGUUGAUUCUGUCUGUUGUGUGUUUUUAUGUAACAAAUCCACUUGCAUUUUCCCUUAAAAUACGUACUGGCACCAUUUCCUAUAAUUUCUUGCCACCACUCUUUUUUUUUUCCAUGUGCCAAAUGGUUCAGAACUGAAGUUUGACCGAGCAGCUGAUCUAUCCACUUCUCCUCUAGGACACUUUGUCCACGGACUGUGCGCAGUGAUUGGAUGCGAGGUUGCGUUGAUGUCACCGCCCGCUUUGAUGCGCGGUGCCGGAGCGCCAGGCGCGCGAGAGAGGACGCAUGGAUUUGACGCACGAAGGGAGCGGCGCACGGGAGAAGCUACCGCUUUGCGCACUCCCCGCGGUUGCCUGGAUGACCUCCUCUUGCCCCCGCACACAGUGCUGCAGCCCGUCAUGGGGGAUGGCGGCGCGUCCUCGCCGGCGAACUUCAUCCAGAACGGCACGGCGGACGCGCCAAGCACCGACGCGUCCGAGCAGUGGAUGGCGGGGAUCAGCGUGCUGAUGGGUCUGAUCGUCGUGGCCAUAGUGUUCGGGAACAUCCUGGUCAUCGUGGCCAUAGCCAGGACGCAGAGACUCCAGACGCUCACCAACGUGUUCAUCGUGUCCCUGGCGGGCGCGGACCUCAUUAUGGGGCUGAUGGUGGUGCCCUUCGGUGCUGCGCUCGAGGUGCACGGCUCGUGGCUGUACGGCUCCUUCUUCUGCGAGUUCUGGAUCUCCGUGGACGUCCUGUGCGUCACAGCCAGCAUCGAGACCCUAUGCGUAAUCGCCAUAGACAGGUACGUAGCCAUCACGUCGCCUUUCCGCUACCAAAGCCUGUUAACCAAAGCGCGCGCCAAAGCGGUGGUGUGCGUGGUGUGGGCCAUCUCCGCGCUCGUCUCUUUCCUGCCCAUCAUGAUGCACUGGUCCCGGGACAGCGUGGACACGGCGUGCUACGAGGACCCGGAAUGCUGCGACUUUAUCACCAACAGCGCGUACGCGGUGUCCUCGUCCAUCAUCUCCUUCUACAUUCCGCUGCUCGUCAUGGUUUUUGUUUACGCGCGCGUCUACAGGGAAGCCAAAAAGCAACUGGAGAAGAUCGACAGGUGCGAGGGCAGGUUUCACAACAGCACCCUGACCGGACUGAACUCCAAGUGUAAGAAGAGGCCCUCCAGAAUGCUGGCACUCAGGGAGCAGAAGGCGCUCAAAACAUUGGGGAUCAUCAUGGGCACGUUCACGCUGUGCUGGCUGCCCUUCUUCAUCGUCAACGUGGUGCGCGUGUUCUGCGCCGAGCUGGUGGACAAGGACCUGUUCGUCUUCCUCAACUGGCUCGGUUACGCCAACUCGGCCUUCAACCCGGUCAUCUACUGCCGGAGUCCGGACUUCAGGAAGGCUUUCAAGCGGCUGCUGUGCUGCCCGCGCCAGGCGGACCGGCGGCUGCACAUCAGCUCCUGCGAUCUGUCCCGUUGCUCCGGGGGCUUCGUGUCCUCUCUGGAACCCGCCGCUUUGGGGAUGUGGACCGACUGCGCCGCAAUGGAGAGCAGCGACAGCAGUCUGAACGCAAAGCUGUCUCACUCCGAAUCCCAGCUGUGACCCUGAAAAGUGAAUUAAACUUGGAGCGGGAUUUACGCACGUGACUCCAAAAGAAAAAAAACAGGCAAAAACGUGACACUUGUGCGGAUGAAGUUUGCGCAACAGCCGUGUUUACAUAUUUCAUCCAGUUUGUUCUCCAAAGCAGUUAGAACUGUCAGGACUGGCCAAUUGGUUGAUCCCGACGACCCCCCCCCCAAACAAACAGUAAUGGACGAUUUUGAUAACCAGUGACGUCAUUUAUCAGAUAAAAUAAUAUUUUAUCUAACAUUUUUUGCGCUUUAAAUUUAUAGUUGCCUUUUCAGUGUUAAAAUGUUUUCAACUGUUUUAAUCUUGCGAAAUUACCAAUAAUAUGGUGUUUAAAAUGUUGGAGAGGAAUAUUUAACUGAUUGGAAACAACUUUAAAUUGGUUCUAACCCAAAAAUGGGCAAAUUGUGUUUUUUUUUUUUGUUUUUUUUUUUUUUGCUCUGGGAGGUUUACAGUGGAUUUACAUGACUCUGAAGGAGAUAAAGUAUCUGAGAUUUUGUUUGUUUUUUGUUGAGUACCAGUUAAAUAAAUCAAGUAACCUGAAGAUAUUUGUUUGGGUUGUGAGACAAGCUUUACUAUUUCUGAAAAAUUUAGAUACACAUUGUCUUCCCCAAAUGAUUAAUUGUUUAAUCAUAAAACAGAUCAAUAAUCAAUAAUAACAAUAACAAGUGGUAAGACUUUACAGUAAGGGUACAUUAAGUGAUAUUAGUUAAUGCAGUGCUAAGCAUUACCUAACAGUUCAUUAAGCAUUAACGUCAUGUUAGUUAAUGCAUUAUUAGGCACAUAUAAUGAUGUUGCAUUAUUAUGCAAAAUAAUGCAUUAUUAUAUUGUAUUAUUAUGCAUUAACCAACAGUAAAUGAAGAGUUAACUGUGUUAUCGUUUAUUAAUGUUGUUCAUGUUAGUUAAUGUAAUACUAAGCAUUAACUAACAGUGAAUGAAGGGUUGACUGUGUUUAAUAACCAUUUAUUAAUGGUGUUCAUGUUAAUUAUUGCAUAAUAAUGCAUUAACUAUCAGUGAAUGCAGGGUUAACUGUGUUUAUUAGUAACCAUUUAUUAAUGGUGUUCACGUUAAUCAAUGCACAAUAACUGUCAGUGAAUAAAAUGUUAAAUGUGUUUAGUUAUUUUUUGUCAUGGGUGUUCAUUUUAGUUAAUGCUAAAUAAAACAUUAAGUUACUCUUAAUUAAAACAAAUAAUGUGUUUAGUAAUCAUUUAUUAAUGGCGUUUAUGUGAGUUAAAGCAGUAAUAUGCACUAAGUAACAGUUAAUUAAGGGUUAACGAAGGUGUUAAAUAAUAAUAAGUGACAUGAUAAUAUUAUUAAUAUAUUGUUAUUUAUUAACCAAUAGUGAAUACAAAGCUGUGUUAUGAAUCAUUUUUAUGGUGUUCAUUAUCUUUAAUUUAUUAUGUGUAAAUUAAUAUAUUGGUUAACAUGAAUGUUAUUAAUAAAUUAUUUCUAAACACAUAGUUCACUGUUAGGCUACAGCUGUUACUCCAUUAACUAACAAUGACUCAUGUACCCAGUUUUUAAAAUGUUACAGAGUAACCAUCAGAGCCUUUGGUCAAAUAUACACAAAAUAAUGGACAGAAAUCUUUUGUGAAAUUGUAGAUAAACACAAGUAUGAAUGCUUGUGUAACAAUGCACAGUUCUUCAAAAUUCAUUAAAAAGUCAGACU